UCCAUUUUCGCUUGGGCACAAGUUUCGUCAAGCGGCGAUAUCUCACCUCUUCAUUCAAGAUCGACGAAGGACGACGGACCCGCACCCCCACGGCCCCACCACCAACACACCCUCUGCAGGAGCACCCAGUCUGUGCCACUGCGCGUGGGCCCCCACCCGAACACAAAACCCCACGCACCGCUCCGCUUCAUCAUUCCCACCACCUCCAUCUCCUCUCCCUCUCCUCUCACACGGGGUGCUCGAGGAAGAUCUCGCGAGCAAGGCGUGGGGUGGGGGUGGAGGCGGUAAUGGCGGACGAGUACCACCAGUACGGGUACGGGGGCGGGGGGCCGAGGGGGGCGCCGCACGGGCUGCUGCUGGCGGUGGUGGUGGGGCUGGUGGUGGCCGGCCCGCUCUUCGUCGGGGACGGCGGGGAGGCCCUCACGGAGGCCGUCGCCGAGCUGCUCAGCCCCGUGGGGCUCCUCCUCCUCCCCGUGGGCCUCCUCCUCCUCAUCCGCCUCCUCUCCUCCGACCGCGGCGCCGCCGCGCUCGCCGACGUCUUCGCCUUCGGGGGCUCCCCCGACGCCGUCCACCGCGUCGGCGGCUCCCCCAUCGGCGUCGCGCUCAUGCUGCUCCUCAUCCUCGCCCUGCUCUACUACCGCACCGCCCUCUUCGGCGGCGACGGCGGCGACGACGAGUAGAGCUAGAGCGCCGUCACCCCGCCUCGCCGGAGCAGCUAGCGUCGAUCUCGGUUAGGUUGGUGGUCGGUUUGUUUGCUAGGGUUUGCUUCCGCAAUAUGAGGAUCUUGAGGAGCUCGAGUGUAAAACUGCGAGGUGUAAAUUAUUAAAAUUACAGGAGUGCCCCGUCUCGUCGGGUUGCUCUGUACAAGGCUGAAGCUUCUUGUGCCGUAUCCGGUCCAUGUGCUUUGUACCCUUCUCCUACGCCUCUCUCUCUUUUCUCCUUGCUAUUACUACCUUUAUUUUUCGUUCUCCUAACUUCUAUUUUCCAUG